UUGACGUAGUACUAGUAUACGUACUACUGUAGUCGAUCAUUGCCCAAGCCCACCCACAAGCCAGCAGCUCACUCGCAGGCUUAUGGUUGCAGCAAGUCGCCGUCGUAACAGUGACGUCCCGAGUGUCGUCGAAACCUUCCAUGCCACCUCGACCAACAUCCGUGCUCUCAACAUCCACAGCGACCACACGUUUGUGAACGAAGAUGCCAACGCGACGGCGGUAUGGGUGACAGUCACGUCGACGUCGACACGCAUGACCGACGUGGUGUCGUUCUCCGAGAGGUCCACCAACGGCCAAGACUCGCUGACGAUCAUGGCGUCGUCUUAUCCGGGCGACAUCGAGUACCUCAUCGACGUGUUUGUGCCGAGCCAGUCGAUCCAGUCGGUGGCGUUUGGCGGCAGCGGCAGCUUGGUGGUGAACCCGCGUAGCCUCGUCAGCACCGUCGCAGAGUCGGCGAUUAUUCCUGCAUCCGUGAGCAUUUCGUCGUCGGGCUCUGGCGACGUCUAUGUCCAAGACACCGCGGUCGAGUUGCACUCACUCGCGUUGUCGGCGAUGGGGUCCGGGGAGUUGCAAUGGGAUGUGCCUGUCACGCACGUUGCCACGUCAGUGGAUGUGCGCAACUCUGGAUCUGGAGGCGUGUCGAUGUUCUCGUCGUCGUCGCUGUUGGCGGGCACACUCGUAGUCAAAAACUACGGCUCAGGCGAUAUUGUCGUGACCAGUGCCAACGUGACUGUGUCACUCAACGUGGCCACGACCAUCGCAGGCUCGGGCGACGUGAGCUACGAUUCAACUGGAUUGGGCUACUGUCGCCACCUAGAUAUGAAUGGCUUGGGUUCUGGGGAUGCGCACAUGAGCUCGAUUGCGUGCGAGUCGACCAAAGUCUUCUCGGCCGGAUCUGGUGACGUCUACGUGACCUCGACGCACGACUUGCAAGUCAAUCGGAUGGGCUCGGCCACGGUGUACGUCACGCGUCCAGCGCCACCGGGGGCGUCGGGGAAAUUUGAGCUCAUGGGCCACCCAAGCAUCAACGACAUUCCUUCCAAGGAGGCCGUGCCGCCGCACGAGAUGGGCUCUGGUGGCCUCGAGUAUGGCUUUGAUCAUGUUGGUGGUGGUAUUGGCAUUCUAGGGCUGGUGGUGGUUCUCUUGCUGGUUUUGUUCGGGUUGGUGCGGUGCUGUCGUCGGUGGUGGUGCUGUGGUGGCAAGGACACGAGCGAGACGAACAAGCUAGACACCAUCGCGUUGCAGUCUCAACAACACGCGUAUUACCACGGCGCGCCGUUGGGAAAUGCCAACAAUCGCAGCGUCCAGUACUACCAAGGCACGGCUAGUACUACUAGUAGUAGUACGAACCACCCACCCCACCAGUCAGCGUAUGCGUACUACCCCAACCAAACCCAACCGCAACCCGCCAACUACUCUGGCACGAUCAGCUACACACAGUACCAGCCCUCGUAUGCAGCUGGAGCUGCGCAACCGUCAGCAUUUGGUGGGUCCACCGACCGCCUGUACGCCCACAACACGUACCAACAACAACAGCUACCCUCGGCACCAAGUUACCCCAGCUCUCACUAGAUGAUCACGAACGAGUUGAUUAUUGUUUUCAUUCAAUGUCAAGAAGUAUGCCUAACGUUACGUCCCCAGAAACGAGAUAUGAGUAGCGUGCCGAAUUUAUAAUACUACGUAGUAAUAGUGAUACCG